CUGUCCCGUGCAUGCGAUCAGUGGCCAUCCAAAAUGGCGUCCAGAAAUUUGAAUUUUCAAAUCUGGUACGUCCGUCGUACCUGAAAAAUAGCAUCGUUUUAGAGUAUUUCGAUUGCUUUCAGACCCGUUUUCAGCGUUAAUCGUAACUUUCCCGCAGAAAAAAUUGGUGUUUGGGCGAGGAGAAAGAACGGCCUUCUUCCUGACAUCGCACUCGAGAAAAUCCGAAAGUGUUCCGUCUUUCUUGAGGUCGCGCAUGGCGGAAAUGUAGUUCCACGAAGAUGUUGUGAUUGUCUACAAUACCGACGUCUCUGUAGACCUUCGUGGAGUUUUCUGAGCCUGCUGGGCAGUUUUGUAGGCUGCUCCUGGCCUUUUUUAGCCCCUUUGUUCAUGACUUGUUGAGUCCCACGCAGCGGAACUUGGUCCCGUGCGAUAUCUUUAGUGGGCAGUCAUGGACGAACAUUUGUCCAUUUUGGACUCAGUAUGUCGUGUUGGUGGUGCCAAGUUCACUAAUCUAGGCCACAGCAUGCGCUAUAGCACUCAGCAAUAUAAAGAGCAAUUAAAACAAGUUCACCAGAUCGACAUCACAGAAGACAAACCUGAUACACACCCUAAAUACAUAUGUUCGCUAUGCCAACGUGCACUGGCAAGGAAUGCAUCUGGCACACAGCAUUGUGGAGGUGGUUGUGGGUCACCAGUCACAUGGGAAGGUCACAAACGUGCUGGUUGCACUGUCUGUAAGUUGUAUCAACAACGCUCAAAGGGUGGAAGGCCGCCGAAGAAAAAGACCAAAUUGCGCGGCGGAGCCUUACCAGACACGGGAACCAGCCAGGCUACGGCAGUACCAACGCAGGUAAGUGUGGUCAAAUUUGGAUGUGCAAAAAGCAACAUGUCAGAGCCUAAUCAUGGAUGUAAUGCUUUUUAUAUUAAUUCUCUGUCUUCAUAACAGGUCCCAGCCCCAGCCGCGGGGAUCGAGACUCGCACCGUCGAACAGCCGGCAUCAUUAACGCGUGGUGCAGCUACAGCUGAACAGACUACCAGUGCCGAACAGUCUGUAUCACAAUCACAGAACACAACAGCAGCCACACCAGCUCCCUGUGCGCAGCAGUCCGUAUCGGCUACGCCCAGUACAACCGUUGUCGGUGAAACAACAGCAGACACUCAGAUCUUUGAAACGGCCACGGCAAGCAGUACCUCACAGCAGCAGCUGCCAGCACCACAUGAGCCCGAGAUAUCUAUCGACAAACGCGCAUCAGUAUCCACACAGGUGCGUAUCUCUGUUAUAGAGCAGUCUGUGUAUCCAAUCCAACCAGGUCUUAAAACUAAAACAGCAAUUGUCAGAUUAGAUAGUGGAGAUAUUACAGAAAAGAAAUGAGCUUCGCAAUGGACUGAAUAUAAAGAAAGGGAAUGAUAGAGCAAAAUGGACUGCAUGUGGCAAAAUUCCUUGCCAACCACAGUAGUCAACAGCGUGGUGGUUCUACUUGUUUAUUGGCGUCGUUGCAGGUGUCUACACCACUAACCCAGCAAGGACUGACACGUCCGGUCACCAAAUCGGCUACAAUCGCUCAAGUCCUGGACGCAUCACCAUCCAAGCUCCGCGGUGAUACUGCUGACAGGCUGCUUGGCCACCUGGUUUCCGCUCGUUCUGACUCAGGGAAGCUGGAGGUGAAGCAAAGUGAGCGUGGCAGACCGCAGGUAUAUCAAAGGCUUACAUUCGCUGACACAUCCUCCGAGGCAGCCAGUGAACGUACGAAGAGACGGCGAACAGCAGAACUGAGGUCGCUCACUGAGUCUGUAUGUGGUGGAAGUGCCGGCGCCAGUGCCCAGACUGUAGCAAUUCUUCGCAGGAUGAGCAGCGACGAGCAGAUGGAUCUCCUCAGAGAGGCUGGGUUGGCACCACAUUCGCCCGAGGCUGGAAUUGGCUUGGCCAUCAAAGCCGACCUCAUGCUCCCGUGGAAUCAACUCAGGAAGCUGCGGCAAUGGCUUAAGCAGUGUGGAGUGAAGUUCGAGUCAGAACGCAAGAUGCGAACAACACUAGCAGCAGCCCUUCCACCCUACACGGCCAAGGACGUGCCAAUGGUGGUGAAAAAGCAGAUCGCGCUGGCACCGGUGGUGUACAUGCCCAGCUUGGAGGUAGUCAUCAACCACUACCUCCAGCUAUACAAGGAUCGUGGGCUACUGACAUGGCACGAUGGUGCAAUACCGGAGAGCGAGGUUUGGAUAAAGCUGGGCGGGGACCAUGGCGGUGACUCGUUCAAGUUCUCCAUGCAAGUAGCCAACCUGCAGCACCCCAACUCGCCGGACAACACCGUACCGCUGUGUGUAUUCCACGCAAAGGACACGCCAGCGAAUCUGGAAACUGCACUUGGUAUGUACCGCGAUGACGUCUUGCACCUUAUCUCACAUGGCAAAUGGGAGGGGAAGCGGCUCGUCCUCUUCAUCUUCGGAGACUACGAGUUUCAGUGUAGUAUGUACGGGUUGUCGGGACCAAGUGGCCUACGUCCGUGCUUACAUUGCCACUGCAAGAAGAAAUCUAUGGAGACGCCAGUAUUGCAGAGAGAGCCUGAGGACAGUGUACCCCGCUCCCUGGCCACCCUCAGUAGCAACCUGCUGGAAUUCAUCGCAGACGGGGAGAGAUUACCAAACGCCAAGUUACACAACAACGUCAUUCGUCCGGCAAUCCUUCCUGUGCCACUACCCAACGUCAUCGUGCCAGUCCUCCACCUGGACUUGGGCAUAUUUGCCUGGAUGUUCGAUGCAAUGCUGAAGGAUCUGCGUGAGCUGGACAAGCUCUUGGCCAGCAAGGCCCAGUCUGCUGCUGGAGAUAGCGACGCUUUCGGACGGCUAUCUGGCCUCUAUCGCGACCAUCACGACGCAGAAGAGCAGAUAGCAGCAGCGUCGGAACAGGCCUCUGGUUACCAGCAGCAGCUGAACUACGUAGCACUGCAUGCCCACAACCAGGGUGUUACUGGCGGUAACUUAGAGUUCGUGUGUGAGCAGAUCAGAGCGGAGUGGCAGAAGGCCAAUGACACAGUCGUGGAGAUGACAAAGGCAAAGGAGGGCAUCUCGCAGCAGAUACUUGCCGCAACUGCUGAAAAAGACAUAUGUGGGCCUUGUGAAUCGGCAGUCGAACCUGUGCUGCAAUCCCACAACAUCAAGCGCCAGGUGUACCACGGAGGUGCAUUUAUCGGAAACCACGUGCACCGCGCACUUCAGCCCGCUGUCCUGCAGUCGAUUGCUGCUGCUCCCAUCUCAGUAAUUCAGGAACGCUGUCCCGACCUGAUGGAUGAUGCCAGCGUUGUCCAGUUGCGUUACAUGAAGCUGCUGGACGAGUACAGGAAGUGUACUUCUGCCUUUGGCCAUUGCAGGAAGGUCACACGAGCAGAGGUUGAAGAGCUGGAAUCCAACAUCAGGACCUUCCUCAAGUCAGCACGGAAGGAGGUGGUCGAUCGAGGGCUUGGCCACAUAACGCCGAAGCUUCAUCUUCUGGAGAGCCACACCGCUCCGGCAAUGGAGAGGCUCGGAGUAGGGCUCGGUUUGCUGGCCGAGCAAGGAGCAGAGAGCAUCCAUGCAGAGUUUAACACUCUUGAGCGAAGAUACCGCCAGAUUCCUGCUCUUCUGCAGAGGCUGAAAGCUAUGGCUGAGCAGCAUCUGUCCCGAACCUUGCCUCAAGCCAUUCACCGUCCCACGACAAAACGUCGCCAGUCGACAUGAUCUCUGGCAAGUAUCGUGAGUAACCAACUUUAUUUGCUCUCUCUCUCUCUCUCCUGAACUCGAGUGGAUUUCUUUUUCUGCGGCGCAACUCUUCAUAGGAAUGUACUCGGGUGUGCAGUCUCUCUACCUACUGUUUGCUUUCUUCAUCUUUCUGCUCUACAGGCACACAGCUACUUGACCACUUGCCUCGUCAUCGAGAUCGCGAUGCACCGUCAAUACUCAACAAAGAACUGAACAAGAACUUCUUGAAGAAAGCUUUGUUGUUUGAACGAACAACAACUGACUUGAACUUUUUUUAGUUGAAGUUUCCAGCUCGCGCUGCUUUGAUCUAUUUGGGUUUUACCUGCUUUGCCGUAUGUUUUUAUCAUUAUUCCCUCUGUUUUCUAAUAAUUCCACUGGUAUUGGCAAUUUCCUGUGUAAAAUCGCAUAAACGCGAUUUUCGACAAAAAUCGCCGCCAUAUUGUUAGAUGGCCGCGUACGAACAGCCGUGCGGUGAAGGCUGGAGUAAAACUAACAUGACAGCAGCCAGGAUCAUAAGGAUAUCGAUACUAGAUCAGGAAUAGACCACCCGCCUGCUGGCGGUCCUGUUGUCUUUAACCCAAGAGGGCGCAAGUGGGAACUUGAAAGACAAUCAAUUUUUAGGAACACCUCUGUGAAAUCAGCUGUUCCGUUAGGUAGUGCCAUACAUCAUGGUCAUUCCCAAGACAAGAGUACACAAUCAUGUAACCAUGUUCUCUUGCCAUUACUCAUUACUGGCAUGCAUGUUGACAAGCCCUUGCGGCACAUUACGCUUGACUUGAUGUAUGAUAAUGACAGCAUAUCACAAGGGGGAGGACAUAAAAGUCAUAAUGCAUUGGAAACAGUAUUGCUGACUGUCACCAGAGUCUCCCCUUGUGUCAUAAUACCAUGACUUGAUGGUAAUGUAUCAGUGUACAACAUGUAUUAGUCCAAUUCUUCUCUAGUAUCAGUCUAUGUGAUGUCAUACGAGAUUAUGCAUGUUUGUAACCUGUUUCUGCAUAGCAUGAACUCCAUUUCAACGUGAUAGAUAUGGCUGACAGUCUAGUCGGUACUCUUGCCACAGACAGUCUCCUGAUGUCCCAGUUUGAACAUGAUGAUUCAUGACACAUGAUGGGAGGUAGUACGUUUGCCUUGUCAUUGCCUUCCCAGCUCCUUGUCAAUGACAUUAUGUCAUUGGUAUCUUGACAUCCUGAGACGCCCAUCCCCCUGAUCCAAGGGGGUUAGGGCACGGCCGUCCCUCCCAAGUGCAAGCCCUUGCAUGCACUAUGUACUAGUGCCUGGUGAGCGGUGACGCGAGCGCAAGGCCAAGGAUACUACUAUUACUACAACACCGGGCGCAUGACUGGAUGUACGAUAAAGGAGAACCCGUCACCCCUGUCUAGAUCUACCGACGUCCGUGCUAUGCAGUUAUCACCAGUAAUACAG